UACCAAACAGCCGAGGCAGCCGGCAUGACGAUGAUGUUCGCCGUCGCGGUCAAAUCGCUGCUUCUGUUGCACCCGAGCGAAACCCACGCCAAACGCCGGCCGAACACUGCGCUGGUGUCGGCCCGGAUGCAGUUCGGCGACAUUGAGCAGAGCCUGAGCGUGACGGAGCUGAAGCGGCUCCUCUCCGAACGGAACGUGGACUUCCGCGACUGCUUGGAGAAGCGCGACCUGGUCGAGAGGCUCCGCUCGAGCAGCGCCAGCGGCCGCUUCUCGUCGGUGGUGGCCGGCCCUCCCAGCCUCACCGAGUCGGAGGGCCGGACCGUCGACACGUUCCGGCGCGUGAGCCCAUCCGUCUGCUUCGUGCAGACGUCGCAGAGCGUCGUCACGUCGCCCUUCUCGCUGCGCGCGAUGGAGGUGCCCGCCGGGACCGGCUCCGGCUUCGUGUGGGACGCCGACGGGCACGUGGUGACCAACUACCACGUCGUCGCCUCGCGAGGGGCGGUGCCGCGGCUAGUGCGGCUCAAGCUGCAGGGCUGCUCUGAGGCGCUCGAGGCGCAGGUGGUGGGCGUGGAGGCGGACAAGGACAUCGCCGUGCUGCGGAUCCGGUCUGGCGCGCUGCCUCCGCCCGUGCCGGUGGGCGCCUCCUCGUGGGCACCUCCUCCGACCUGCAAGUCGGCCAGACGGUUCUCGCGAUCGGCAAACCGCAACCCGUUCGGCCUCGACUACACCCUCACCACCGGGGUCGUCUCGGCGCUCGGCCGCGAGGUGGACGGCGCGGGUGGCCGCCCAAUCAAGGGCUGCAUUCAAACAGACGCGGCCAUCAACCCCGGCUCCUCGGGCGGCCCGCUCCUCGACUCGCGCGGCCGCCUCAUCGGCAUCAACACCGCGAUCCUGUCGCCCGGCGCAAAGGGCGGCGUGGGCGGCAACAUCGGCAUCGGCUUCGCGAUCCCGGUCGAUGUGGUGCGGCGCGUCGUGACACAGAUCAUUCGGCACGGCCGGGUGGUGCGGCCGUCGCUCGGCGUAAACGUGCUCGACGACUGGCGGCGGCGCUCGUACGAGGAGCAGCUCGGCCAGCCCCUGCCAGGCGUGCUGGUGGUCGAGGUGGUCGACGGCUCCCCCGCAGACCGCGCGGGGCUGCAGGCGGCGCGCGUGCGCGGCGCGGACGUGGUGCUCGGCGACCUGAUCACGCACGUCGACGGCGAGCCGGGAGUCCCCCGCGUAGAGCUCCCAUCCCGUCCCGGCAGAGGUUGCGGCCUCUCUCCACCGCCAGGCGCUUCCUAGACACUUGCUAGACCCUUCCUCGACACGUCCUGCCUCUCCACCGCCAGGUGAGCCCGUGCGGCAAGUGGAGGACCUCCUCUCUGCCGU